UUAUGUGAGGACAUGAGGCAGCUAGCGGCCAGCAAGUAUCGUCUGCUUCUGCCACCAAUCGCCAUAGGGGGAGGCCUAGCAUUCAAAAUCCCCCGGACACCUGCUCUUGCCUCUCCCUCCUCCACCAACUCCUCCUUUUCCUCCGCUCCCUCCCUCUCUACGGCUCCUCUUCCCUUCUCACUCCUCCAUCCUCCCUCUCUUGCCGCUAAUCUCCCUGCCUUUGUCUCCGCUUUCUCGUUCGACCUCUCCACCCUUACCUUCCACCAACGACCCUCUACCUUGGCAACCUUCCACGAGCCUUCCCUCCCCACCUCGUUGACCCACCCUGCUGAUUCAGCAUCAUCAUCCUCCCCCCACGGGCCCCGGUCAAUCACACUGCGCCAGCUGGCCUCUCUCCUCCAAUCCACGAACGCCAUGCUGUUCCUCCAGCACGCCGCCACGUCAGCAUGCAAGCUGAUUGCGGGGAAGCUGUCUCAUCUGUCUCGGCUGUUCCUGCAUGACAGAGCGCACUCGCUGCUGCUUCAGGCAAUGACGCACCUGCAGCAGGUGCAGCAGCAGAGUCAACAGAGUCAACAGAGUCAACAGUCCCAGGAGGGCUUGCCUGACCCACUUAACUUCGCUGCUGCUACCAACUCUGCUACUGUUACUGCUAGUGCUGGUGCUGGUGCUGGUGGUGGAGAUACUGUUGCUUCUGCCAGUGCUCGUGUUGCUGGUGCUGGUGGUGCUGGUGCUGGUGCUGGUGCUGCUGGUGGUACUGCCAGUGCUGCAUCGGUGAUGGAAGCUGCAGAGAAGCUGCAGGAUAAGCUUCAGGAGAUUCUGGUGGAUGCUGAUUGGCGGAGGGCAAACAAAGCCCACGACUCGUCUGUAGCAGCUGUGGCGUCUGCAGGGAAAGGGAGUGAAGGGGGAAGAGGGAAGGCCGAGAAAGGAACUGGAGUAGGGGGAGGGGCAGAGAGGAGGCCGUGGGGAGAGGUGGUGGUGGAGGAGAUGAGGGAGUUGGGGGUGGCACUUGGGUUCGUUCUAGCUGCUGCCACUGCUGCGUGCCAUAGUGCGGAGCACACACUCAGCGCCCUGCCAUCCUUCCCUGCAGGAUCACCCCUCCACACGCUCCUCCUCUCCUCCCCCCUCUCUCACCAAGCCGCCCUCCUCCUCGGCUCUCUCUCCAACUCUCUCCUCCCAGCAGCCCACACUCAGCCCGUCCCUCUGCUCCAUCUGCUUGUCAAUCUCGUCCAAAAGGAGCUGCGUGCCUCGUCUCACCGGCCCUUCCGCACUCUCCCUGCUGCUGUGCCCCCGCUCUCGCUGCUGGUAGCUUCCAAGAAGCAGCUAGCGCAGCAGAGGCUGGCAGAUGCAGUAGCGGGUGGUGGGAAGGAUGGUCGAGUGGGGGGAGGAAGGGUGGGAGACGGGUCUGGUAGGAGUGAGAGAGGGGGAGGAUGGGAGAGAGGAGGGGAGAGUGAGGGGGGGGCGUGGGAGGUGCAAGAUGAUGAUUGGCUGCCUGAUGAUGGGGUCACAGUGGGAGUGGCUUUCCUGCUCACGGUGUCCAACCAGCGCCUUCCUUUCGAGGCCAUGGAAUGGUUCCCCCUCGCCCUGCACCAUCUCUCAUCUCAACGCCAAGCCAUCCCCACCAAGUCCCCUGCUGCUGCUGCUGCCGCUGCUGCUGCUGCUGGUGGCGGUGGCACUGCUGCUGCUACUGCUGGUGGUGUUGUCAGUGGCAAAUCAGGACGCAAAGGAGCAGUAGCAGGAGAAGAAGAUGACGAGGAGGAGGAGGAGGGAGAGGACAUUCCAGGUGCAGGAGGAGGGGUCACUUCCCUCUGGUCGUCGUGGUUCGGAGCCGCUGCUGGUGCUGAACCUGCAGCUUCGCAGCCGGAGCUGUCUCCCGAGCUCACUCACCAGCUCCGGCAGAGGGAGCGCAUGCUGGCAGGGAUGGCAGAGCAACUCAGCCUCACGAACGCGGUAACCGUGGCUGCUCUCCGGCUGUUUGACACCAGCUAAUUUUUUAGCCGCUCAGAACUGAAGAAUUAUCACAGGGGUGGCAGUGCAGCUCAGCCUUAUGAAUGUGGUCACCGUUGCUGCUCUCCGACUGUUUGACACCAGCUAAGCUAACACAUGUUAUUGUUACAACAGGAGUUAUGGAGAAGUGUUA